AUGGCUUCGUCUCUAGCCCCCGACAACCGCCCAGAUCUUCCAGCUCCUGCUGAUGGGGAUACUGCCAACGACCCUUUCGUUACCGACUCGUCUUCAUCCGCCCAUUACCGGUUCUCCAAUUUCGACCUAGAACUGUUCGCUGCCGGGCCAGGUUCUUCACCUAGACAGGCAAGGAAAGCCCUGGAAGCACAUCUCGCAGAAACAGAUCGUCGUUUAGAUGAGGCAGGGAAAUUGGGCACUUCCCUCGUCGCCCAGCGCAAGCUGUUGGCUGAGCGAUUGCAGGAAGUGCAGAAGCUUCAGGCCGAAGGCGAGCUUGGUCCAGAAUUGCGCAAGAAGCUCGUGGACAUUGAGCGGGAGUAUAAUGACUUAGCCAGGGAGUCUGCUAGGGUAUUUCUUCCUAAACAGAGGGUGCCAAGCAAUGAAGCACACCCGGGCUCGCCCUUUGUGCCAGAAGGGCGAAGCGGAAGGCGUUCUGUGAGCCCCUCCAAGUUCGAAAGCCAGGCCACUGGCUCUCCAACCAAGCUGAGCGUUCCGAAUCGCAAAGUCAGAAAUCAGCCGUCAAAUCGAGUUCACGACAUUGAAUUUGCCGCUGAAAUCAGCACCUCCCUUAUUGCCCAAGUCCGAAAUCUACAAGCGUUACUGUCUGAGCGAGAUGACGAACUCAAGAGUGCUCAAUCGGAAAAGACCAGGCUCGAGAUUGAAUCAGAGAGCCUACAGCAGCGACUCAAAACAUUGGAUGAAAGCGAACAUCGAUACAAAGAGGAGAACUGGAACCUUGAGACUCGCCUCCAAGAGAUUGCCUUGCAGCAAAGAGAUGCAGCGGAUCGUGAGAAGAAGCUCACCCAAGCUUUGAACUUGUCCAAUUCUGAGAAGACAUCGGUCCAGAAAGAGCUAGAUGAUGCCAAACUAUCUCAUUCUAAACUGGCUGAGGAGCAUGCGGCUGCUAUGAAGCACCUUGACAUCGAGAUGGGCACUGCCAAACGCAACAUGGUCAUGGCUGACAGCGAGAGAGCGGCAAUGCAACGCAAGAUUGAUGACUUGACUAACCAGAACCAAGAGCUGGCAAAAGCCUUCUCGUCACAACGAGGACGUACAAUAGACCGAGAGUCACUGUCUGGUUUCAGCGAUGAGGAUUUUGAGACUGCAACAGAUAAUAUCACGCCUGAGCACUCGCCACCACCAUCUCCAGUAAAAGGCACACCUCGACACGCAAUGCUCGAGACCGAGACUAUAAAAUCAUCCCUCCAUCACGCGCAGAGAACAAUCCAGAGCCAGCGAAACCAACUCCACCGAGAAAAGACCGAAAAGCUGGAGUUGCGUCGAAUCAUCCAAGACCUGCGAGAUGAUCUGGAGAAGGCGAGAGGUGAUGCAGGCGCCCCUUCCAAUUCUCGUCGUAACCGCAAGAUAGACUCAAAAGAAUUCAAGAAGCCUGCUCGCCUUCUGGGAACCCUUCGGUCCAGCAAACAAGAGAUCAUGAUGGAUGAUCCCGAUUGGGAGGAUAACGCUGAUAUGUUGCCGCCGGGUCCCUCGGCGAGUGGAUUCCGUCGCAAUGUGGAGGGAUCACAUCCGACUGACACGAGCGAUCACUUCGAGACGGCCAAUGAAGCUAGCGAGUCUGCCUUUGAGACUGCCAAUGAACGUGCUACUGAGACGGAGGACUUCGAGACCGGAAACGAAGCAUUGUCUGGCGAUGACGACGACAAUGAGACGGAGACUGAAAGCGCUUCUAGAGGGUUCGGUCGGAUGAAGCGCCCGCCUAGCCUCCCUGCUGGUUUAGCAAGAACAGGCAGCCGGGACUCAUUCGACAGUACAGCCUCUACUUCAGCAGAUGAAGAUGAACUCGCCGAUUUGCGUACGCCAACAGGUACUAUAUCAUCUCAAAGAAGCCGGUUCAGACUCAAUCGAAACCCGUUUUCUCGCAGCUCGAGGCAGAGCAGCGAAGAACCAAAUAUACGAAGCAGUCCUGCCAGCUACACCAGCGGCGGUACUCCCCAAACGGCUGGCCAGAGCCUCUUCGCGGAGCUUCAAGACUUUGGUAGCGACGAUGAAUCUCUUGGCGCCGCUACUCCAAGCCGGCGAAGUGUCCGAUCUGCUACUCCCGGAUCGGUUCGCCGGACCUUGUCGCCACCUCCCGCUGUUCCAAACUUGCCUAAAGUAGUCAUGGUGGACAGUGGUGUCAUGACUGACCCCGUCAAGAUCACUGCAGAAGUUUUCGAGGAACGUGCUGACAGGCCGGUGUCAAUGGAGUCAGUUGUUCACGCCGGAAACCGGCUGUCUACAUCUUGGCGAACCAGUCGGGGAAUGGAUACAGAUUUCUCUCGCCCAGCGUCCAUGUUCUCAUACAGUGAUGCUAGUAUUCAGUAUGAACAAGAUCUGGAAAGCAAGCUGGCUGAGUUCCCUGUUCCUCCGACCUCCUCACCUCAUGUUGAACCACCCUCACUUGGGUUGUCGCACAUUCAAUCUCAGAACGUGGAACCAAGGGAUGAGAUUACGAUGCCUCCAACACCCCCGACUCUGCAUCUGACUUCUCUUGCUAUGGAGCAUGUCGAGCCUAGAUCUGAGCCUGAACUGGCACAACCCGAAUUGACAUUGUCACAUAUCGCCGCCCAGGCUUUGGAGCCAGUAGUAGAACCCGACACUCCUCGGCCACAACUGACCCUGUCCUCCGUUUUGACCGAAGUCAUAGAGCCGCUGGGCAUUCCACGGCCUGAAAUGACAAUAUCCGGUAUUGUUACUGAAGCGUGGGAACCUAUUCCAGAGCCGAAGACGGAGACCACCAUUGUGGCCCCCGUUGUACCUGUCAGCCCUCGGGAAGUUCAAGCUCCACACAUAGACCUGACCAUGUCUUCUAUACAUGUGGAAGAUCUUGAGCCCAUAGAACAGCCGGUGGUUUUACCAACACCGCCCCGCCUACAGUUCUCGGGAAUCGCCGCACAGAAUGUCGAGCCAGUAUCACUGCCGCCGCCGGCGCAGCCAUCACUUGCUCUAUCAUCGAUCCUCAUGCAACACACACAACCGAUUAUGGAGCCCCCUCCUCCUCCGCCGGCGUUGGCUUUGUCUACAAUUUCUGCCCAGCAGGUGGAGCCUAUGGCGCCCACACCCGACUCGACGACUUUACCAAGCUUUGGCUUCUCCUCCAUCGAAUUUAUCGAGACCCAUCCCACAUCUCCUCGCAGUCCUUGGAGAAAUGCUUUUAUUCUUCCAAGGGAUGAUGACUCUGAAGGCAGAGAGAGCAAUGUUCCAGAGACGCCCACCAAGAAUAUAUUUGGAUCCAUCGCUUCCCGCGGUAAGAAGAGAGACAUUACACCAGUCAUUGCCGAGGACGAUACUCGACAGUCUCCCAUCUCACUAGAUGCCAGUACUCCAGAGUCACAACGGCCAUUUAAAGAGAUUUCUGCCAAUACUAAUUUCCGUCCAGCACGAAAGCAGAGUGUUCCCACCAGUGACCAAGCCGCCCAGACUUCAUUGACUGCCGGGGCUAUCGAGCAGCUUCUCACAAGUGACUCUCAACGCUCUUCUGGGCAUGUGAAGAACUCGUCCGUUGGCUCCGUCGGCACGCCUGACACCACCGGCACAGUUAGAAUCUAUCGCUCACAAGAGAGUCUUGACACGCCUGUUCGUCCUAGAGGCAGGGCAGUGAAUGAGUCUGUACACGAUAUUGGAGCUUUGGUCCGACCAGGAAGUGCAGCGAGUGGCCGAGGCUCACUCCACGAUGCGCCACCGCUACCUUCUAAUCACCGCCAGAUUAUUGAAGCAGCUCGUUCUGGGUCAUCUCACAGCCAACAAACAGCCAGCAUGGGCCCUCCCCUCUGGCCUGCCUCGGCAACGAAACAUCGACCUCAGACCCCAAGUCAACAAGGUCCCAUGUCAUCUGGCCGUGGAACUCCUACGCCACGGGGCGCCCGCAGCGGAUCCAUACAGAACGGAACUGCAGAGAUUAGCGCAUCCGGUAGACUUACAUCGCAUUCCCGACGGUCAUCUGUGUCAUCCUUCGCGUCCGAGCUUGAUACGCGAUUCAACAUACGGCCUGGGGAGAUGGGCAUGCCUCCGACGGGAUUUGGGCCUAAUACUGAUCCUCGUAUGAUUCAAGCAAUCACGCAAACCAUGAUUGGUGAAUUUUUGUGGAAGUAUACUCGAAAGACGGGUCGCGGCGAAUUCUCUGAGAACCGUCACCGUCGCUACUUCUGGGUUCAUCCGUAUACUAGGACGUUGUAUUGGAGCGACAAGGACCCAUCUACCGCAGUUCGCACGGAGCUUAAAGCCAAGAGUGUACCCAUUGAGGCCGUCCGUGUGGUAACGGAUGAUAAUCCAAUGCCACCGGGGCUUCAUCGCAAGAGCUUGAUCAUCAUCUCACCUGGGCGAACCAUCAAGUUCACUUGCACGACUGGUCAACGCCACGAGACGUGGUUCAACGCGCUCUCGUAUUUGUUGCUGAGAACUGGCCAACGUCAACAGACGGACGCAGAAGAGGUUGCCGGGCAAAUGACGCAAGAAGAUAUCGAUGAGUUCAAUCCACAAGUCGGUCGUCGACCAGUUAAUGACGCCGGAUCAAGAGCCGCCCCGUCUCUCUCGUCGUACAAUUCCCGUACAACGCGAACCGAGUCUCCAGCGCUCGGCGUGUCCAUGGACGUUCCAACCCUCACACCGUCUGGCAAUCGCAAACAUGUUUCGACCACAAGCAGCAGAACGUCGACCGGUACUUUCAGCAAACUCAGCGGGUACUGGAGAUCUGGAGCACCGAAACUCUCUGGCACUCUCUCUAGCUUCCGCAGCCGAGGUGCUAGCGGCCAAAACUGGGGCAUUUAUGAAGCAAGUGAAGUGCAUGACAGCGCUGAAGAUCUGCGCGAGAUGAUUGAGCGUCAAGAUCGAGAGGCGGAUCGGCUUGAAAAUGUGAGAGCCUGCUGUGACGGCAAGCAUGAUGUAGGAACUCUGCCGCACAUUUCACGAAGGGGUCGUGGGCAUCCUUCCCACUCUCACCCCGGCCAGUCUGUUAACAACACACCAGUGGCCUCGAUGCGGUCUCGAGCGUAA